GCGAACCCAUCAGGCCUUUGGAAGCGGGAUAGACUUUGUCAAGGAGACCGGACUGUUUACGGCUACCGCGUCUUCCUUCUCCUUUGUAUACCCGCCCCUACAUCCCCACCCCGUAACCGUUCAGAAGUCCCUUCUUGCUCCGUUCCAGCCAGGCGAGAAAUCAUGCCUGUGCGCUGGAAGGUGAGACCGCCGCCGCUUCCGCCGCCUUUUCCUUCCCUGAAGGCUUCCUCGGUCUCGCCUGCUAGGAGAGGCUUCUGAUUGGAACGAGCGUUCCAUUUCUGACUCUUCCCCCCCCUCUAUGGGGUAUUUGGUACUGCCUGCUGCGCCCUCAGCAGUUUCGAGGGGAGCGCCCAUUGUAGCUCCCGCGGGGUUCCAGUUCCAUGCCAGAUAACCAAUCGGGGCCGGGCAACCAGCUGUCACUCAUGCCCUCUGCCCGAGACAGGGAUUGAGUGAGUACAAAAGGAACUUCAAAUGGAGGAAACCAGAUCAGUCUCGGCUUUGUAGUCCUAUGCUUGAUCAGAAAUGCCAAUGGGCUGGACUUCGAUCUGAUGAGCUUGGAAUCUCAAGAGAACCCAAAUUUAUUUCCAAAAGAAGAGUGCCUUAUUAUGGUACACAGGUUUCAAAGUCCUUUGAGUGGAAUGGGGCAAAUGAUUUGGAGAAAGACGCAUCAUCAGAAUUUGAAGCCCACCAACCUAUGGAGUUGCACCUGAAAGACAGGAAAGAUUAUGUAAAUCAAGAAAAAAUUAAAACUCCAGAUGCACCCAGGCUUUCUGAAAAACUACAGCUGGAUUCCACAGGUUCUAGAUGUGAAACAGCUAUAGAUCUUGAAAAAAGUAAACAAUCACCACGUAAAACUUCAGGGCAUGAAAACAGAACAUUAGGAUCUGCUGGAAAGGACUCCGAAAAAAUAAGCAACGGGCUUAACAGAGUACUGCGGAGGAGAGCAGGCAUGAAUAUUUCACGAUCAAGCAGCUUCCCCAGAAGUUCUGAGUAUCAAAGGCAAUUUGUUUGGAAAACCCCUCAAAAGCUGUCACCAGUAAUUGCAGCAGACCAGUUUAUUCACAGUUCAAGUCCAUCCAUUCCUCCAUUUAAAUCUCCUGUCAUUAUUCCUGAAACUGAAUAUGAAAGGAGUUUCAAAGCAUCACCCCCUAUGAAAGAGCUAAAACAGCUGAACUGUUUGGAAGAGGGAGAAAGCCCUGAAUCUGAACCUGCUGAAAUCUCCUUUCGUGAAAAGAACAAGAAAUUGGAAGCAAUUUCAAAGAUGACAGAAGAUCCAGCAAAGCAAACCAAAUUAGAAACAAAGCAGAAACAAAAAAAUAAGUCAUCUUGUUUACAUAGAAGCUCUAAGAAGAUGAGCACAGAAUAUAGAUCGAAUUUCUUGUCUCCAGCUCAGUACAUCUACAGAGAUGGAGCGUGGUUGCGUAUCAGGAAAAAUAUGUCUGAUCAAGGUUCUCAAUACACUCUAAAUACCAUGUGGUAUAUGGAGGUGAAAGAACUUCGAGAAAAAGCAGAAGCUUAUAGGCAAAGAAUACAAGGAACUCACUUCUCCAGAGAUCAUUUAAAUCAGAUACUGUCAGAGAACAAUAAACUGUGGGAUUUGUCUUCACAUUCCAGUACAGAAGAAACUAUCAGCAGCAGUGUCAGAGCUCUGGAUCUUGCAGGGGUGCCUGAUAAAGAGCUCUCUCAGGAUCCUAAAUUCUUGCUGCAAUCAGAAUUGUCAAAGGAGCUGCAGCACAGCAGUACUGAGAAAUUGGGCAUGUCAGAUGCUGCCACUGUUCCAGCCAAACGUCGUCUUGUUUGGGGUGAAUCGGGCAAUGAUGAGAAAUUGGAAAAUCAGUCAGAGGCAUUACGGGAAGAAGAAGAUGAAGAAAAUGAAAAAAAGCAAGAAAAAGAAGAAGCUCAAGAAUUGGAAGAGAGUAAUAAAGAUAUCACUAAAGAUGACAAGCACAGGGAAAAUGUGAACCAUGUCAAUGGAAAUGUGUCAAAUUCUGCUUCAGUAUCCUCCAGAGAAGUUGGCAGGCUUCCUACUCCACAGUUAAGAGCACUUGGUGGAGCCCAAAGAACACAUCAUGACCUAACAACACCAGCAACUGGAGGCGCUGUUUUAGUAUCUCCUCCAAAAAUGAAGUCUUUAUCCUCACUGCAAAUGAGAAAAGACUCUCCAGGGAAGCACGCCAUGGCAAAUAAUCAAAUUUCAAAGGAAGAUUUGAAAAGAAAAUCUAACAGAGAUGAAGGCGAUGCUGUAUCACUAGAUCCUUCGCCCACUGCUGAGCUGAAAACUUUGGACCAUUUGCCUCUGAGGAAAGAGCAGCAGACAAGCCAACGUGUUUCUGAUAUAAAAAUCCCUUCAGAACAAGCACCUGUCGUCCCUGGGUAUAAGUCAACUAAAAACCCUGCAGUAUCUUAUUGGAGUCCAUCAUGCCGCAUUAAAGGAAGUCUGAAGGACCCCGAGUUUCAGCAUAAUGGCAAUGUUGUAAGUCCCAGUAGGAGCUGGCUGCAGUUACCACUUCAGGAGAGAAACUACCAUGAUGAAGCUCAUAGAGUUGUUCCUGUUACAUUUACAGAUGAGGACGACCAAUUAUCCCAGCUGUCUGCUCGUUCUGCAGCAUCGAGUUCCCUUGCAUCCCAAGUUCUAGAACGAGCUCAGAGGAGAAAAGAGAACUUCUGGGGCAAAAUGUGAUUGCAUUCUACUGUUUUUGUAAAUAAUUUUAUACUUUGAUGUUUCAGUAGCAAUCUUUGAAUAUUAUUUGGCACUCUCAUUUGCAUCUACCGACUUUAUAGACAGGUGAUAUCAUAGGAAAUGGCGGUGUUUGCUCCUUUGUUAUCAGAUGGGAGCUGGGGAUGGACAGCAUGUCUUACACAUGAGAGCUCUACCUCAUGAUGUUUCAAAAUCAUUCAAAACAUGUUUUUAGCUAUAGCAUAAAAUGUUUCUAUUUAAGAUACAAUUUAGGAGAUUUUAAAAGACUCAGUGACAGUAUAAUAGGGAACAUGUUCAUCUUUUUCACCAUCACAAGUAGGUUAACGAGAGGCAAUCAACAAUAAUUUAAAGGUAGGGUGAAGUUGGAUAGAUAUGGAUUGCCUGCAUUUAUCAUUACUUCCUUAAUCUCUGCAGAUUAUUACUCUGGCUAUUUUCUUAGCAUUCACUAAACUAAACAAUUAUUCAUCCCACCCAGGAUAUUCACAUGACUCUUCUACAUUCCUUACACAUUGCUUUUAGUCUUUUUUGCCACAAUACUACCUUAGCAUUUCCUAAAAUCUAUCCAAGUAUUUGCAGGUGCUCUAAGAGGAGACUUUCUUCUUAACCAAGUUUGUUCAGGUUCCAAAAA